AUGUCAACCUCUGCUCGUCGUCGUCUCAUGCGUGACUUUAAGCGUAUGCAAACCGAUCCUCCCGCUGGUGUCUCUGCCUCGCCGGUAGCUGAUAAUGUCAUGACCUGGAAUGCCGUCAUUAUUGGCCCCGCAGAUACGCCCUUUGAAGAUGGCACUUUCCGCUUGGUGAUGAACUUUGAGGAACAGUACCCUAAUAAGCCCCCUGGUGUCAAGUUUAUCAGCCAAAUGUUCCACCCCAACGUUUAUGGCACGGGUGAACUUUGUCUGGACAUUCUCCAGAACCGCUGGAGUCCGACAUACGACGUGGCGGCCAUUCUGACAAGCAUCCAGAGUCUGCUCAAUGACCCUAACACCUCCUCCCCGGCCAACGUCGAAGCCUCAAACCUUUACAAGGACAACCGCAAAGAAUAUGUCAAGCGUGUUCGAGAGACUGUAGAGAAGAGCUGGGAAGAUUAA